GCUAAAUAUAACAGAAUUUAACUGUAUGAUUUACUAAACUUACUAAACAGGGUUCACCAGUUAACUACACCAUUCUAUCUGUCAUUUAGCCACCCAUAAUAACACCAUCACAGGGCAUUUUACACCCUAAGGGGGAAGAGCACCUAUUAUUGUUGUGGGAGGUCCAGAGACUGGUGUAAUAAAACUUAAACUGAUUCAGAUUCUGUGAGGGAAUGGGCAAGAGCAGGGGCCUCAUUUGUAAAACUCUGCGUAGGUCCUGGAGUGAGAGUGUGCGUACGCACAAAAAACAGGAAAUGGCGUACGUCCAAAAAAAAUCAGAUUUAAAAAAGUGUGCGUACGCACACCUGAACGCAGUUUCCUCUUUAUAAAUCACAAUCUGCUUAUAAAUGUGCGCAGCUGACCAAGCCUCGCGCUCCGCCUCCGUACCGCCCACAUUUUCCCAUAAAAGGUCCAUGCAAAUCACCCAAUGAAUAUUUAAAUGAGUGAUUCCCCAUUCAUUCUGAUCGGGAUGAUGGAGGAACGCAAAGCAAAGAAGCGAAAUUUUGGAGAUUGUGAAGUGGAAGUCCUUGUUUCAGAGGUUGAGGCAAGGAAGGAUGUGUUGUUUGGUGGCCUUAGUAGUGGCAUUACCAACAAACGCAAGUUUGUUGAGUGGCAGCAUGUGGCUGCAGCAGUAAACAAUGUGAGCUCCACAAGCCGAACUAUUGCAGAGGUAAAGAAAAAGUGGUCAGAUUUAAAAGACGACGCAAAGAAGCAAAUUGCUUUGCACAGAAAAAAAUUUACUGCAACUGGAGGAGGAAAGGCUACACCUGCACCGUCUCUUUUUCACGAGAGGAUGGCUUCAAUAAUUGGGGAACCCCUGUUAAGCGGAGUGGUGAGUGAGAAGGAGGGUGACACGGACUUAGCUGAUGAACCCUGCACAGAAGAACCAGAUGGGACUGUGGAUGUUGAGAGUGGCCAUGAAGCGGAGGACUGCCAACCCGGCCCCAGCGGCAUCUCCGGUGCCGCUCAUGCCUCCAGCGGAGUCUCCAGUGCCGCUCAUGCCUCCAGUGGUGUCUCCGGUGCCCCACGUGUCUCCUUCCAUGGUCGUGUUCUUACUGAAGCUGUGCUGCAAACACAAGUCAGCACAAGUGCAGCAAUUGAAAGGCUAACAACUGAGAUGAGAGAAAUAAAGGGGGUACUAUCAGAAAUGUCAAGCACAUUAAAAGAACUUGUUAAAAAAAAAUACCUUUGCGUUGAUCUUCAGUUAUUCACAAUCGAAGCAUCACGUCCUCGCGAAGUCUAACUGCUUGGAGAGAGUCUGGUGGGUAAGGGUGUGGAUCUGGUUCAGGGUCCUCAAGUUGGUUGGCAGUUAACAGGGAGAGA